AUGACACCGCCUCCGCCCGGAUGCGCCUCCCUUGGCGCCCAGCGCGCCCGCGUCCCCGGCCCGCUGGCUCGGUCCCGGCUCCCGCUGCGGCUGCUGCUGCUGCUGCGGCUGCUGUGGACGGCCGCCGCCACCCAAGGCCACCCGAAGAACGGACCCCGCAUCUCCACCGUCUGGAAAGGCCACGCAGGACAGGACUGGGUUGACUUCGGCCUGGCAGAGCCUCACACGGUGCUUUUCCAUGAGCCCGGCAGCUCCUCCGUGUGGGUGGGUGGACGUGGCAAGGUCUAUCUCUUCGACUUCCCCGAGGGCAAGAAUGCCUCUGUGCGCACGGUGAACAUUGGCUCCACGAAGGGGUCCUGCCUGGACAAGCGGGACUGCGAGAACUACAUCACGCUUUUGGAGAGGCAGGGUGAGGGGCUGCUCAUCUGCGGCACCAAUGCUCGGCGCCCCAGCUGCUGGAGCCUGCUGAAUGGCACCGUGGAGUCGCUUGGCGAGAGGAGAGGCUAUGCCCCCUUCAGCCCGGAUGAGAACUCGCUGGUUCUGUUUGAUGGGGACGAGGUGUACUCCACAAUCCGGAAGCAGGAAUACAACGGGAAGAUCCCCCGGUUCCGCCGCAUCCAGGGCGAGAUCGAGCUGUACACCAGUGAUACCGUCAUGCAGAACCCCCAGUUCAUCAAGGCUACCAUUGUGCACCAAGACCAGGCCUAUGAUGACAAGAUCUACUACUUCUUCCGGGAGGACAAUCCUGACAAGAACCCCGAGGCCCCUCUCAACGUGUCCCGCGUGGCCCAGCUGUGCAGGGGGGACCAGGGUGGCGAGAGCUCCCUGUCAGUCUCCAAGUGGAACACCUUCCUGAAGGCCAUGCUGGUGUGCAGCGACGUGGCCUCGAACAAGAACUUCAACAGGCUGCAGGACGUCUUUCUGCUCCCCGACCCCAACGGCCAGUGGAGGGACACUCGGGUCUAUGGCGUUUUCUCCAACCCUUGGAACUACUCGGCUGUCUGUGUGUACUCGCUUGGGGACAUUGACAAGGUCUUCCGUACUUCCUCACUCAAGGGCUACCAUACAAGCCUUCCCAACCCUCGGCCUGGCAAGUGUCUCCCAGACCGGCAGCCCAUCCCCACGGAGACCUUCCAGGUGGCUGACAGUCACCCUGAGGUGGCACAGAGGGUAGAGCCCAUGGGGCCUUCGAAGACGCCACUGUUCCACUCAAAGUACCACUACCAGAAAGUGGUUGUCCACCGCAUGCAGGCCAGCCGUGGGGACACCUUCCACGUGCUUUACCUAACGACAGACAGGGGCACCAUCCACAAGGUGGUGGAGUCAGAGGAGCGGGAACGCAGCCUUGUCUUCAACAUCAUGGAGAUCCAGCCCUUUCACCACCCGGCCACCAUCCAGGCCAUGUCGCUGGACACCGAGCGGCGGAAGCUGUAUGUGAGUUCCCAGUGGGAGGUGAGCCAGGUGCCCCUGGACUUGUGUGAGGUCUAUGGCGGGGGCUGCCACGGCUGCCUCAUGGCCCGAGACCCCUACUGCGGCUGGGACCAGGGCCGCUGUGUCUCCAUCUACAGCUCCCAAGGACCAGUGCUGCAGUCCAUUAAUCCAGAAGAGCCACACACAGAGUGUCCCAAUCCCAAACCAGACAAAGCCCCACUGCAGAAGGUUUCCCUUGCUCGGAACUCUCGUUACUACCUGAGCUGCCCCAUGGAGUCCCGUCAUGCCACCUACUCAUGGCGCCACGAGGAGAAUGUGGAGCAGAGCUGCGAGCCGGGCCACCAGAGCCCCAACUGCAUCCUGUUCAUCGAAAACCUCACGGCCCGCCAGUAUGGCCACUACCACUGCGAGGCCCAGGAGGGCUCCUACUUCCGCGAGGCUCAGCACUGGGAGCUACUGCCCGAGGACGGCGCCACGGCCGAGCACUUGCUGGGCCGCGCCCGGGCCCUGGCCACCUCCCUCUGGCUGGGCGUCCUGCCCACGCUCGCUCUUGGCCCGCUGGUCCACUAG